AUGCCGCAUGAAACCAACAGUAAGAUCAUCCUCAUCACGGGGAUCAACGGCUACAUAGCCAGCCACAUCGGCGUGCAGUUCCUGCGGAAAGGCUACACGGUACGGGGCACGUCGCGGUCGCUCUCGGCGCGCGACCACCUGCUGUCCGGCGCCUUCAAGGGCUAUGAGCCAUUCUACCAACACGUGGUCGUGCCCGACAUCACGGCCCCGGGUGCCUUCGACGAAGCCGUGCGCGCGGUCCACCACAUCAUCCACACCGCGUCCCCCGUGGACUUCACGCUGACGAGCGUCGACGCCUUCUUCGGGCCGGCCAUCGGCGGCAACCUGUCGAUCCUCAACAGCGCCAGGAUCCACGCGGGCCCACAGCUCGAAUCCUUCGUCGUCACCUCGUCCGUCGCCGCCGUCGUCGACCGCUGGAAAAACGCCCCGGACCACGACUACACCGAGGCCGACUGGAACACGACGGGCGAGUCGGUCGCGCGCGAGACCUUCACCGCACCCGUCGCGUACGGCGCGUCCAAAGCCGCCGCGGAGCGCGCCCUGUGGGACUGGGUUUCGGCCAAUAAGCCCUCAUGGUCCGUCGCCGCCAUCAACCCGGCCGUGGUCACCGGCCCGCCCGUCUCGUUCCCAGCCACCCCGGACAAGCUGAACGAGACGCUGCUGCCCAUCUGGCGCAUCUACGCCAACGAGCUGCCCAACGGCGGCGCCAUGCCCCCGCAGAUCGGCGGCGCUGGCUAUAUCGACGUGCGGGAUGUGGCGCGCAUGCACGUCUGGGCCGCCGAGCACCACGCCCUGAGCAACGGCCAACGCUACCUGCUCGCCAACGGCAAGGCGCCGCCACAGGCCGUCGCAGAUAUCCUGCGUGAGAAGUUCCCCGAGCGCGACAUCAUUGUCGGCGAGCCUGGCAAGGGAUAUACCCCAGACUAUGACUUUGUCAAGGGCGAGAGCAGUCUGGUCAGCACCAAGGCGUUGGCGGCGUUGGGCAUCGAGCGGUUUAUCGGCUUUGAACAGAGCGUGCUUGAUACGGUCAAGGCUUUUGAGGCUAAAUGGCCCGGUGUCGCGAAGAAUUUGAAGCAGUGA